AUGCUAAAAUGCGCCAAGGGCCACGUACUCGAGGUUGCAGCCGGCACUUUGGAGAGCUUGAAGCUGUAUGGCGGCAUCGAAAGCCUCACUGCAGUUGACAAGAGCGUGAUGAUGUGUUUUGAGAUGAAGCGCAAAGUUGAAGAUGUGAAGCCAGACUUUCCCGUAACUAUCAUCUGCGGAGACGCGUCGGAUCUACCGUUCGAAAACGAGAGCUUCCACACUGUGGUCACAUCGCAUGCGCUCUGUUCCGUCGAGCACCCUGAGCGUUCCUUGGACGAAAUAGCCCGAGUAAUGAAACCCAGUGGGCGUUAUUUCGCACUAGAACGCGGCAGGGUCUACUACCGAUAUUUGCGUUCCUUAUUGGAAUGGCUGAAGGUGUACCCCAAUCCGGCGGUCCCGUGGAAAUACGGCCACUUUGAGAACAGAGACCCAAUUUCGCUAAUCAAGGGCUGUAGCGAGCUUACGGUCACCGACUCCGAGGUCUUUGGAUACGGCAUCAACUACGCCAUAGUGGCUAGGAGGGCGAACAGUGACAAGAUCACCGAAUUCGCCAAUGAUCCUACCCCGAAAGAGGGUGCAAAGAUCAUAUACCAGUAUAUUCCGCACACGUUAUAG